ACGCUUUACUGCUUUUCCACUCCUAAUGCUCUCUCUCCGGCGACAGUUUCCUCUCUCUGGCUCAAUAGAAAGCAAAGCAGAUCUAAAGUUGAAAGCAUAGUUUCGUUUCUCCCCUCAGUUUCUUUUUCCCUCUCUGUCUCUCUGUGAACAAGUUUUGCCAGGGGGCAGUUAAACCUAGCUAGUGUGUGUGUGUGUGUGUGUGUGUGUGUGAGGGAGCGUGUUUGUGUAGCCUGUGCUUAGUGACAGCCCUGCUAGUAACACCCAGAACUGAGCCGUGAGUCAACCUUUGCUAGUCGGAGCGUGGUGCAUACUUUGAUCAUGAACACUCUGCCAGCUUACAGUGGAGCCAGGAUAUCAGGCUGCUGGACCCUCAGGUCAGACGGCAGUGGGGCGGGGGAUGGCUCUCUGGACCGUCUCCUCCCACCAAUCAACAUGGGCUUGUCACCACGGAAACGGACCACCAGUCAGUGCAAGUCGGAGCCGCCCCUCCUGCGCACGUCCAAACGGACCAUCUACACGGCCGGACGCCCGCCCUGGUACAACGAACAUGGGACCCAGUCCAAAGAGGCCUUUGUCAUAGGUCUGUGUGGGGGCAGCGCCUCGGGGAAGACCACUGUUGCCAGGAAGAUCAUCGAGGCUCUGGACGUCCCGUGGGUGGUCCUGCUCUCCAUGGACUCCUUCUAUAAGGUUCUGUCUCCUGAAGAGCAGAUUCUGGCGGCCAGUAAUAAUUAUAACUUUGACCACCCCGAUGCGUUUGACUUUGGUCUGCUUACACACACCCUGCGCAAACUCAAACUGGGCAAAAGUGUGAAGAUCCCUGUGUAUGACUUCACCACACAUGGACGACAGAAGGAGUGGAAAACGGUGUAUGGAGCCAGUGUUAUCAUCUUUGAGGGCAUCAUGGCUUUUGCAGAUAAAGAGCUCUUACAGCUGCUGGACAUGAAGAUCUUCGUAGACACAGACUCAGACAUCCGUCUGGUGCGUCGCCUGCGCAGGGACAUCACCGAGAGGGGGAGGGACAUCGAGGGGGUCAUCAAGCAGUACAACAAGUAUGUGAAGCCAGCCUUCGAGCAGUACAUUGAGCCCACCAUGCGACUGGCUGACAUAGUGGUGCCCAGAGGUGGGGGCAACAUGGUGGCCAUUGAUCUGAUUGUGCAGCAUGUUCACAGCCAGCUGGAGGAGGUGAGUUUAGCCCUCAGGCUGUACAUGAUCUGGUCUCAAGACCAAGAGAGCUCUAGGGCCUUUGGAAUGGGUUUAUAUUGCAUUGUUUGCUCUGUCAUAGGCUGCUGAGUGCGUUUGUGUGUGAACAACAUAGCAUGCAGUCAGAUGUGUUUACGAUUGUGGUCUCCCUGAGUUUACAUUAAUGGGGUGGCCAGACAGAGCGUAGACUGACAUUGUGGGAUUGACUCUAGUGAGCCCUCUAGUGGAUGAAAUAGACACUUGUUCUGUACGAUAGGACAGGGCUGCCUAGCCUGUUCCUGGAGAGCUACAAUCCUGUACGCUUUCACUCCCAACCCCAAAGGUAACAAAACCAGUACAGAAUAUUAACCAGUCAAUUGAGUCCUGUACACUAGAUUAGAGCUGGAGAAAAAAUUCUACCUCUGGAGACGGGGGGGGGGGGGGGGGGGGGUGCAUCUCUGCAGCAGUGUGAAAGAAGUGAUGGUGAGGAUUCAGCAUAAACAUGUGCGGGCUUGUGAAGUUCACCGAGAAUCACUGACAGUACAGAGCUGACUCCUCAGUGUAUUUCACCCGGCUGUUUUUAGCUGUGUAUCUAUGGUGUGGUCGUGUUACACCGUACUCUUCAAUCUGACCACACUGUGUGGUCAGAUUGAAGAGCACCACAUGGGAGCUCCAGCCACAGACUACACUAACAGACCAUGUGGCGUUAGAGUCCUGCUCCAUGUACUAAUGACGACUGCAGUGUCACCAACCAAGCCACGCUGACUGUUUCCUGUGUGACACGGUACUGUUGGCCUUGGCCCCUCACUGCACAUCGAUUGCUCUCUCACUCUCCUCCUCUCCUCCUCCUCUCCCAUCCCUCCAUCCCACACAGCGCGAGCUCAGUGUCAGGUAGAGUAGCACAAUUCUUCACCGUACCAUCCAGCAUUGCCACCCUGAGAGAGGAAGCUAUGAAACCAGCAUCCUCCAUCUCACUGCCUGCUGCCAUUACUGUUACACCUCUAGGAGGCGCUGUUAGCCACGCCC